UCUGGAGGUGUAGAGACUAAUCCGGGUCCUGUUACCUCAAGUGAAAUCCUACGCGAAUUGCAGAAGCUGUCUGCAGGUCAAACUAAACUCAUCGAGGAGGUAAAGGGCCUAAAACGUCAGCUGCAGAUAACCGAUAGGACCAUACCGGACCUAGGCAGGCGGAUGACUGACCUGGAGGGUCAUUACCAAGUCCUUUCCACGCCACGUGCUGAGGUGGAGGCCACGGUGACCAGGGCCGUCCACGCGGCUCGUCAGGUCUCUGACCUUGAGGACCGUGUGGGCGACACUGAAAAUCGAUCCCGACGAAAGAAUCUAAUAUUUUAUGGUGCGCCCGAUCCCUCACCUGCAGAGACUUUUGCCCAGUCCGAACAAAGAAUCAUUCGCCUUUGCUCUGAACUUUUUGAUGUAACAUUAGACUCGAAAGAAAUAGAACGUGCCCACCGCCUCGGGCGUCAUUCGGUCGAGCGUCCACGACCAAUAAUAGUGAACUUCUCCUGUUUUAACAACGCACGGAAACACCUCCUUGCCUUUGCUAGAGGCAAAUCUGCUCCCUUUUCUUUUCGCUACAAAACACUGCUCAUCGGCUCAAAACGUUACGUUUUCGAUGAAUCAUGCCAAUCAGUCAAAGAAAUCUCAUAG